AUGAAUUUUAGUAAUAGCUCCUUUGAAAUAUCUUUAAUAAUAUUACUAACAAACCAACAAAUAGGAUUAUACUCGCAAUAUAAUAAUGCAAAUUAGAACAAAAGAAAGAAAUUGUUUACUGAAUAAAGUAAUGAAAGUAAAAACCCAGAUAAAAUAGUUAUGGAAACAAAAAGUAAUUUAAAUAAAAAUAAAUGCCAAUUUGAUUGUGAAUAUCAAAUAAAUUAUGAAUUAGAUAAUUAACUUUUAGAAUAAGAAUUUUGCCAACCAAUUAAUUGUGAUUAUGAUUAAAUUCCUCAGGAAAAUAAAGAUAAAGUUCAAAAAGAUUUAGGACAAGUAUAAUUUUAAUGAUUUUAGAUUUUUUAAGAUUAAUUAAAAAUUUAAACAAAAGAAACAAAAGAAACAAACAGUAAUAACUUUGUAGAAGAAGCCUUAACAUUUAAUUAGGAGGAACCGCAAAUAUUGGAAAUUGGAGAAUGA